AUGGAUGAACCUCCUGCCAAGCGACCCGUGGACGAGGGCGAGUCCUCGGAUGACGACAUUCCCUCGUACCUCCAGCUGGUUCCCGCAAAGAAACAAAAGUCUGCCUCUUCAGACAGCUACUACCUUGACACCAUCAACAGACAGGUGCUAGACUUCGAUUUCGAGAAGGUAUGUCUGGUUACCCUUUCCAAUGUCAACCCAUACUGCUGUCUAGUGUGCGGAAAGUACUUCCAAGGCAAGUCGAAGUCGUCACCUGCUUAUUUGCACUCGCUUGCUACAGACCACCAUGUUUUCAUCAACCUUGGUAAUGAGAGUGUACACAUCCUCCCCGAGAACUACGAGGUGGUAUCGCCAUCAGCACUUGAGUCAUUGAGAGAUAUCACCAACGUGCUAGCUCCCAAGUACCCCGAAGGCUACGUGAUACCGUCACAGGCUCACGACUUGAACCGCAAUGAGUACAGGGUGGGCUACAUUGGCUUGAACAACAUUCUGAACAACGACUACUCCAACGUGGUUCUCCAGGCAGUUGCCCACGUUCCGUUGAUCAGGGACUUCUACUUGAGCUUGUCGCACAAGAAGGCGACGAGAGACAGUAUUGCCAGAAAGAGCUUAUUGAACACCAGUUUUGGUUUACUUGUGCAAAAGCUCUGGUCGAGCCACCUAUUCAAGGGGCACAUAUCACCACACGAGUUCCUUCAGAUAAUUUCAGGAGAAAGCAAGAACGCUUUCUCGACAAGAAGGCAAGAAUCACCCAAAAAGUUCUUGGUUUGGCUCUUGAACCAACUCCAUUCUCAGCUUUCCAGGUCCAUUAAAUCCUCCAAGACCCCCUGGAGUAAGUCCUUUCAAGGCUCGCUUGAAAUAACUACUACUGGGCUUAGUACCAGAGACUCCAACAACAAAGUGGAGUUUGUCGAACAGAAUUCCAACACCAUCUCAACCAAGUAUUGGGUGCUUACCCUUGAUUUGCCUACAAAUCCCGUGUUUUCUCAGGAAGGGAACUUUGCAGAAGUAGCAUUGGAGGAUUUACUCGAAAAGUAUAAUGGAACAAAGAGCUCUGGUUCCUCGAAUUCCGUCAAAACAUAUCAAUUACUCCAGCCAAUGCCCCCACAUUUGAUUCUCCACAUCGAUAGAGGAAUCGAGGAUGGAAACAAGCGAGGCAACCAAACGGUAGUGAAAUUGCCGGAAGUUUUGGAUGUCUCACGGUUUGUUAAAGGGGCUGAAGAACCGAUCAACUACAGGUUAAUGUCCAGUGUCAAGUACGAAUUGGAACCCGGAACAGAGAUUGGCAGAGAGGACGACAGACUCAGUUGGUCUGUCGGUCUCAGAAGGGGUGGUGAAUGGAUCAAUAUCCAUGAUUUGGAGGUGACGGAAUCUCAAACAGAGUUGCUAUUCUUGGACCAGAAUUACAUUCAAAUAUGGGAGAAAGUCUGA